AUGGUUGGCGCGCGAAGAGUCCUUUCUACCCUCCGCGUAGAGCUUCGCUUCCGGAAUCAACAGUUUAGGUCUUGCAGCCGAAGCUACUCAUCAGGUCACGACCGAUUCGUGGUACAAUGUUCCCCGAACGUGGUGGACGCGGCGAGCCGCCGCCUGCAUCUCCAAAAGGACCACCCAGUCUCGAUCACGCGCAGCAUCAUCGAAGCCCAGUUCCCCACGCCCACCUACAGGUACCACAACGAGUUCCACCCCGUAGUGUCCACCGCCCAAAACUUCGACUCGCUAGGAUUCCCCGCCGAUCACCCCGGUCGCAACAGGUCGGAUACCUACUACUUCAGCAAAGACACGCUUCUACGGACGCACACUAGCGCCCACCAGGCCGACGUCUUCCGGGCUAAUCUCAGCGAGGGCUUCCUCAUCAGCGCCGACGUCUACCGGAGGGACGCCAUAGACCGUAGUCACUACCCCGUCUUCCACCAGAUGGAAGGCGCGCGAAUGUGGGAUCGCACCAAGGUCAAGGACGGCGAUCUGGCUGCUACCAUCUGGGCGGAUGUGGAUGCCUUGCCCAAGCACAACAUCAAGCACCACACCGCCGAGGAGGCCGAAGCGAUAGCCGCCCACCUAAAGCGAUCUCUCGAGCUCAUGGUGGUAGAUAUCUUCUCGCGAGCCAAGCGAGCCGCUGCCCGCGACAACCCGGAUCACGUUGACGAACCGCUGCGCAUGCGCUGGGUCGAGGCCUAUUUUCCAUUCACGAGCCCUUCGUGGGAGCUUGAAGUGUACUACGAGGGUGACUGGCUCGAAGUCCUAGGUAGCGGUGUUGUGCAGCAGCAAAUCUUUAUCGAUGCUGGCGUGCCCUCCCAGGUGGGCUGGGCUUUUGGCGUCGGUAUCGACCGCAUCGCCAUGCUCCUCUUCAAAAUCCCCGACAUCCGCCUCUUUUGGUCUCGCGACCCCCGCUUCCUGAGCCAGUUCACGGGCGUCUCGGAGAAUCUGGACUUGCUCCGUCGCUACGUCCCCUUUUCUAAAUACCCGCCCUGCAACAAGGACAUUUCCUUUUGGCUUCCUUCUACGACGUCGGCCGCCGGCGGCAACACCCGACCUAGCCCGCAAGACUUCCACGAGAACGACGUCAUGGAGCUUGUCCGUAACGUGGCAGGCGAUGUCGUCGAGGAUGUGCGACUCGUGGAUCAGUUCACACAUCCCAAGUCAGGCAGGCGCAGUCUCUGCUACCGCAUCAACUACCGCAGCCUAGAGCGCACCCUCACCAACGCGGAGACCAAUGAGCUUCACACCCAGGUGACAGAAGAGCUCGUCAGUAAGCUCGGUGUCGAGAUUAGGUGA